AUGGGCCAGGUAGAUCAAGAAAAACCACCACCUGGUGCGCUGGAGCCCAUCGCCAUAUGCGGCUUGUCCAUGAGGCUUCCCGGUGCCGUGAGAGGAGCUGAAGCAUUCUGGAGAGCCUUGGUCGAGCAACGAGAAUUGAAGUGCGUUGUGCCAGAAGACAGGUUCAAUGUUAAGGCUUUUUUCAGCCCACAGGGAAAGCCAGGAACAAUCAUCUCACCGGAAGCUUUCUAUCUCAGUGAUGCAGAACUUGGCCAUCUGGACACAUCAAUGAUUCCGAUAGCAGCUCACGAAUUGCGGCACAUUGAUCCUCAGCAGCGUAUGCUUCUGGAAAUCACACGAGAAUGUCUCGAAAAUGCGGGCGAGACAAAUUGGCGAGGGAAGCGGGUGGGCUGUUACGUGGGCACGUUUGGCGAGGACUGGAUUGACAUUGGAGCUAAAGAUACUUUGGACGCCAGCAUGUAUCGUGCCGCUGGUUCAUCGGAUUUCGCUCUAAGCAAUCGGCUGUCAUACGAGUAUGACUUUCGUGGACCGAGCAUGACGAUCAAGACCGGCUGUUCUGCUGCCAUGAUGGGACUGAAUGAAGCAUGCUGGGCCAUCAACUCCCGUCAGUGCGACGCUGCUAUCGUUGCAGGGUCAAACUUGAUCUUGAGUCCCACAAUGACAAUAUCGAUGGGCGCGGCAGCCUUGUCUCCCACCGGGUCAUGCAAAACAUUCGAUGCCAAUGCUGACGGCUACGCGCGUGGCGAGGCAGUCAAUGCUAUAUACAUCAAGAGACUCUCGGACGCGCUCGCUGACGGCAAUGCUGUUCGCGCAGUCAUUAGAGGAAUUGGUGUCAACUCAGACGGUCAGACGUCAAGAACACUCACGCCCAGUUUAGUUUGUCAAGAGAACUUGAUCCGACAGGUCUAUACACAAGCAGGCCUUCCGUUCCACAAGACGGCAUUUUUUGAAUGUCACGGUACUGGAACACGAGUUGGAGACCCCAUAGAGACCGGAGCUGUUGACAACAUCUUUGGGAAUGCUGGUAUUCACAUUGGCGCCGUGAAGCCUAACUUCGGGCACAGCGAAGGUGCUUCGGCAAUCACAAGUAUUAUAAAAGCUGUUCUUUCCUUAGAGAAAAGACUCAUUCCCCCGAACAUGAGAUUUGUGAAUCCCAAUCCCGCGAUAAAUUGGGGCGAAGGCCGCUUGAUGGUGCCCACUGCCGUUACUGCAUGGCCAGAAGACCGAGCCGACAGAGUGAGCGUCAACUCAUUCGGGAUAGGAGGAGCCAAUGGCCAUGUCAUUCUAGAAUCCGCUAGGAUGUGGACGACCAGUACCCCUGUUGAAAGUGUAGAACCACUUGCAGGUCCAACACAUCUACUGCUUCUCUCCGCUGCGCACGAGAAAUCACUGGCAGAUCUGAAAAAGUCAUACGAGUCUAUGCUAUUGAAAAGACCGUUAGUAUUGCACAACAUCGCUCACACUUUGUCGGCGCGUCGACAGCAUCAUCAAUAUCGAACAUUCUGCGUCGCUACCGAACAAUCUGAUAACGUGAGCUUUUACUCUACGGCACGCGCCUCAAAAAGGUCUCAGCUGGUAUUUGUAUUCAGCGGACAAGGCAACUUGUACCCUGGAGUAGCAAGAGAGCUCGUGCAAGCCAACAUGAUAUUUCGCAAAACAUUGAGACGCUUAGACGACGUCCUGGACAAUUUGCCGAGCUGUGCCUUCUCAAUGCAGGAGGAACUGGCACGUGAGAAAGAAGCAAGCCGGGUGCAAGAGGCAAUUAUUUCGCAGCCGUUGAGCACAGCGUUGCAGAUAUGCCUCUGUAAUGCGCUGGAAGCAGUUGGGGUACGGCCCGAUGUCGUUCUUGGCCAUUCUAGUGGAGAGAUUGCGGCUGCUUAUGCUGCUGGAGCAUUGACAGAGACUGAGGCUAUCAAGGCAGCAUUCUUCCGCGGACAGGCAAUUCACGCCGACUCUAGUCAUGGUGCUAUGCUCUCCGUGGGCCUAGGUCGUGAUGUUGUUGAGAAGCUACCUCUGCAUGGCGCUACUCUAGCCUGUGAUAACAGUCCCUCAAGCGUCACUUUAUCAGGCCAAAGUGAAAGUAUCGAUGCAAUAGAGGAAAAAAUCGAAGAACGAUACCCUAAUGCCCAUGUCAAAAGGCUCCAGGUGAAAAAGGCAUAUCAUUCUUGUCACAUGAAUGCUGCAGGUCAAGCAUACGCCCAGAUGCUGGCCGACCACAUCAAUCCAGCGCGACCUAAAAUCCCUUUCUACUCUGCUCUGCUCGGACGUGCACUGCAUGCAUCGGAACAGCUCGAUGUCGACUACUGGAGACGUCACCUUGAAUCUCCAGUACUAUUUCGGACUGCAUCGGAGGAGAUUGCUUUCAACAUAAAGCAGGACUUCAUAUUUGCUGAGAUUGGACCUCACCCGACACUAACUAGCUCGCUGCUACAGACUUGUGCUGAGCGAAGAGUAUCGGACGUGUCCCAUGUCUUCUUCUUGCGUCGAUCUACCAACGCUACGCAUAGCUUCUUGGAAGCCUUGGGCAGAUUGUAUCAGUUUGGUGCUUCUCUGGAUUAUCAAACACUCGUCCCUUACGGGCAGACCUUGACAGAUCUGCCAAACUAUCCUUGGAAGCAUGAUAAAAUACUCUGGAAUGAGACUCGCUUGAGUCGCGCAUGGAGAUUCCGCGAGUAUCCACGACACGACCUUCUUGGCGUUCGCACCGGAGAAAGCUCAGGUAUAGAGCCAUCGUGGCGGAAUGUGCUUCGAUUGGACGAUGUUGGCUGGAUAAGUCAUCACCAAGUUGGACCAGACGUCGUUCUACCUUUCACUGCCUACUGCGCCAUGGCAGGUGAAGCUAUUCAGCAGGUCAACAGCGCCCGCGGCCCAUUCACUCUGCGUCGUGUACGUGUAGGCGCAGCCUUGACCAUCAAGCAGAGUGACGCAGGCGAGGUGAUCACUACAUUUCGACCUGUUAGGUUGACCGACAUGGUCGACUCAGCUUGGUUCGAGUUUACGGUCUCUUCAUUUGACGGGUCGCAGUGGAUCAAGCACUGUGACGGGUCGGUGAGACCAGAAGCCGGAUCUCGGCCAAAUGACAAAUGGCAAACGAAUAGUCUGGCCAGAACAGUUGAGGUAGAGGAAUGGUACCAUGCGCUAUCUUCUGUCGGCCUCAAUUAUAGCUCUGAGUUUCGGAGACUACGAGCAGUCACAGCCGACGUUGAAGAAUUGAAGGCUGCUGCGACAAUCAAGCAUAACAGAAGUCUUACAGACUCCCACUACCAACUGCACCCCGCGACUCUUGACUCUGCUGUACAGUUGAUCGGUGUAGCAGCAUCCAGGGGCCUAGCACGAAAUGUUCAGCAUCUCUUUGUUCCUGUAGCUGUUGAAGAGAUGUACAUCAACGACAGUGACAAAGUUCUCACGGCGAGAGCUGAGGCAAUGGUCAGUGCAAGAGGAAUUGUGACGGGCGACGUCUGGGCCCAGUCUGGGACUGAUUUCAGUCUACACGUCAAAGGCUUGACUCUAUAUCCCCUUGAAGGUAUGGAACGUUCAGCUGACGCCCAUGCUGCAGCGGAGCUCGCGUGGGCGCCAGAUUUGAGUAUUUCGUGCGGACCGGCAGCUUUCGAGCACUCAAGAUCCAUACUUCCCGAAUCAGCGAAGACUAUUCGGGUACUCCGGGACACCCUGAGCUCGCUUGCCCAUGUCAAUCCACUCUGUUCAGUGUUGGAACUGAGUACUGGUAACAAUGACAUAAGUCAAGCUAUAUUGCAAGCACUAAAAGAUCCGUUCGCGAAGAAACGAUGCUCGAGCCAUACGGUGACCUAUAAAGAUGAGAAUACCCCGUUGCUGGCUGAGCAUGAAGCUGACGAAGUCGUAAGUACAAAGCACACCGCCUUCGACCUCUUCCAGGGCGUAGCACUGCAAGAGAUCUCAUUCCAAUCUCACGACCUCACUGUGGUGAGCGACAUCGCUCUACUGAUGCAACACGAUCCUCACAAGGCCCUGAAGAUAUUGAGCCAAGUUCUGCGUCCAGGAGGAACAUUGGUCGUGCAUGGAGACCUUUCCAUCUGCUCAGAUCCGGUCAAGCUGGAAGAUGCAAUGGCUCAGGCUGGCUUUAUUAAUACGAAGAAGCAAGACGACAGUACUCUCAUUGCGAUGACACCUAUCACGCAUUCGAUCUCCAUCAGCGCUGCCGUAACAAUACUUUGCAAAUUCAAGGACGGCUCCGAACUGGACGGUCUGCGAGCGUUGUUUCUGCGAAAUGGUGUACAUACAAACGUUGCCACUCUCGAUGAGCUAGCCAGAUCGCCGCGACCUGAACAUGUCGUGAUUUCAUUGAUUGAUCAUCAAGGUGGACCUGUGCUGUCCGACAUGACUCAAGAGAUUUGGUCGCUUUUGAAGACGGUCUUACAAUCCCAGAGCUUGGCUAUCCUCUGGCUCACGAAACCGGAACCGAGCUACUCCAUGAUUCAGGGGUUUGCUCGCACCGUGCGAACAGAGUCUCAGCUGCCUUUUUGUACCCUUGAGUCUUCUUCAAUGCCUGAGGCUGGCGCUCAAGAUGCCGUCUGGAGGGUCUUCUGCAAGUUCUCUGAUUUCGUUCAAAAUGACGAGCACCACCGUGGGGCGAAACCAGACACCCUUGACCCAGAUUUUGAAUAUCGGUAUCGCGAUGGCAAGAUUGAAGUUCCACGAUUUCGUUGGAGGAGUCUCAAGAAUGAACUUCUAGGUAACACUUCUGGAACCCAGGAAAUUGAAGAAGUUGAUGCUAAUGUGCAUCGCCCCAAACCAUCAGCACGUUUGCGAAUAGGCACCGUCGGCCGUCUGGACUCUGUCCGCUGGGAGAAUCGGACCCCUGGGCCCUUGCUUAACGACUAUGUCGAGAUCGAGAUCAAAGCUGUUGGCGUCAACUUCAAGGACGUCCUGGUCGGCCUAGGCAUCGUCAGCGCUACAGAUAAUGCCCUCGGGAUUGAAGGCGCUGGCGUCAUCACUCAAGUGGGAAAAGACGUUGAUCACCUUAGUGUCGGUGAUCGAGUCAUGUUUUGCGGAAGGGACACAUUCGCGAAUUCUAUUAGAGGGCCGGCAUAUCUCUGUGCUGAGAUACCGGACGAGAUGGGAUUCAGAGAGGCGGCCACGAUGCCAUGCGUAUUUCUCACCGUGAUCUAUGCACUGACAGAUCUUGGAAGACUUUCACGAAAUGAUUCCAUCUUGAUACACUCGGCAUGUGGUGGUGUAGGUCUUGCUGCCAUCCAGCUCGCGAACCUGCUAGGUGCCGAGAUCUUCGUUACCGUGGGCAAUGAGGAGAAGGCGGAUCACCUUAUACAAAGCUGUGGCAUUCCUCGCAACCAUAUCUUUUCGUCACGCAACACAUCCUUCCUAGCCCAGCUCAUGCACCAGACAGGUGGCCGCGGAGUUGACGUAGUGCUGAAUUCUUUGUCAGGAGAGCUUCUGCACGCAUCUUGGAGAUGCGUGGCUAGGUUUGGAAGAAUGAUUGAGAUUGGCAAGAGAGACCUCCUCGGUCGGGGCAAACUAGACAUGGAUCUCUUCGAAGCGAACAGGACAUAUGUCGGACUCUCGCUCGAGGAAAUUCUUGCUGAUAGACCGAAGGUCACGAAGAGACUAUUUUCACAGCUGGUCGACAUGCUCAAAAAAGGUCUGAUUAAGCACAUCUCGCCUAUUACCGCCUUUGAACCCACUGCAGCCGAGGAAUGUCUCAGUUACAUGCAGAAAGGACAACAUAUCGGUAAGAUUGUGAUGGACAUACCCGAAAACGUUCACAAGCUCGGUGUCAACGUGGGUCGCAAGCAAGUCAAUAUCAGCCCUGACGCUUCAUACUUGCUAGUAGGAGGGCUUGGAGGGCUUGGCCGUGCUAUCGCGCGAUGGAUGGUCGAGCAUGGUGCCAAGCACUUGAUCUUGUUUUCUCGUACUGCUGGAUCCAAACCAGAGCACACUCUGUUCUUAGACGAAAUGCGGGCCAUGGGCGCUGUAUGCCGGACAAUUGCUGGAGAUGUUACUCGCAGAGCAGACGUUAAAGCAGCCAUUGACGCUGCAGUAAUGCCAAUCAAGGGCGUAAUGCAGGCUACGAUGGUCCUCAAGGACAAAGCGUUCGUUGACAUGUCAUUUGACGAAUGGGCUGAAGCCGUGCAGCCGAAGGUGCGCGGCACAUGGAAUCUUCACGAUGCUCUGCUCGGCGCAGACCUGGAUUUCUUCGUAAUACUAGGCUCGCUCUCAGGAAUCGUGGGCCAGCAUGGACAGGCUAACUAUAAUGCGGCAAACGCCUUCGCGAACGCCUUCGUGCCAUAUCGCCACAGUCUAUCGCUCGCAGGAUCUAUCGUGAAUCUAUCAGCUGUACGCGACAUUGGUAUACUCAGUAGGCAGCCACUGCUUCUCGCCGGACUGCAAAAGGCAGGGGCACAUCUCCUAAGCGAGCGCGAAGUCCUGGAUGCGGUGCAUUGGGCAAUACUGAACUCGAAACCAUGGCUUCUUAAGUCGGUCUCAUCAAUACACUCGCGUGAGCCAGGGUGCUUGAGUCUUGGAUUGCGCUCUGGCAUACCACUGGCAGACUUGGAUGAGCAGCAUCCGUGGAAACGAGACCGGCGAACAAUCAUGUACCAGCUGAGCUCUUAUGCGACAGCGUCAGACGCAUUGCCCAAGUCUGAAGCAGCCCAAAGCGCUUCAGCCAGACUAUUGGAAACGGUCCAGCGAAUUCAUGCAGAUCCAGAGAAAGAGCUGUCAGAUCCUGCGACUGCCAUAGUCUUGGCAGAAGAAAUCGGCAAGAAGGCGUUCAGUAUGCUUCUAAAGCCAGAUGAGGAGGUCAACAUCCAGACACCCCUAUUAUCUGUUGGCUUAGACUCUCUCAUGGCGAUGCAAUUAAGGCAGUGGUGGAGAGAAGUCUUCCGUGUCGAAGUCAAUGUCAUGCAAGUGGCCAAUGCGAAGACAUUUGAGGGUCUCGGCCAGCUCGCGGUGGCAUCUUUGCGGAAAAGGCUCAUCAAUAUCGAGUAA